AAUCAGUUGAUUCCUGCAGAGGAGAAGCGAAAAACGUUUCUCUAAAGUUCCAGCCGCAGAGACGCUUCGCUGAAAAGAAGUUCCAAGUGGGAUUUGCUUCGAAGUCAGCAGAGCUUGGAGAAAAGUCCAAAAAACUUAAGAGAGACCCCAGCAACAGCCACUGGAGGGGUGCUGUGCUGAGGACGGAGAAGGCCAGUUGCUCUCCCCCUGUUCAAGAAAGAGAAUCGCCACUUUUUACAAAGGUUCCGUUUUAGUGGUGCCGAGUUCUUGUGAUGCAGAGAAUAGCCAAAAUGGCCCAGGCAGCGAUGGCAGCAGCGUCCGGCCACGACGAGGACCCGUCUGAAAGCAGAAUGGUGGUGACGUUCCUCAUGUCAGCCCUCGAGUCCAUGUGCAAAGAGCUUGCCAAGUCGAAAGCAGAAGUCGCUUGCAUCGCCGUGUACGAAACUGACGUCUUUGUGGUAGGAACCGAGAGAGGAAGAGCAUUCGUCAACACGAGGAAAGAUUUUCAGAAGGAUUUUGUGAAGUACUGUGUCAAUGAAGAAGCCAAGGCCGCAGAACUGCAGAAAAUAAAAUCGACAUCGCUCGAUAACAGGAUGACGGUGGACAUUGUGGAAAUGGAAGCCCUCAGGAAGUCGGUGGAAGAUUACUUCUGCAUUUGUUACGGUAAAGCUUUAGGGAAAUCGACUGUCGUUCCCGUGCCAUACGAUAAGAUCCAGAGAGACCCAUCCGCUGUGAUGGUGCAUGGCCUGCCCGAAGGGCUGGCGUUUAAACAUCCCACCAACUACGAUGCCACAACGUUGAAAUGGAUUCUGGAAAACAAGUCUGGGAUCUCGUUUGUCAUCAAAAGGCCUUUCCUUGAGCCAAAGAAACAUCUAGGACCUCGCAUGACAGACACCUCGCACACAAUAACGUCCUCAAGUGGAAGUUGCCCCAUCCAGGUGAAGACUGAGCCCAGUGAAGAUUCUGGACUCGAGAUGAUAACGGUAAAGGAAGAAUCAGAAGAUCCCGACUAUUAUCAGUUUAACAUUCCAGCAGGUCCUUCCGAAACUUCGGCGAUUGAUGAGAAAAUCGCCCUGGCCAAGUCUUACACAGGGAGCAACCAGGUUUCCGAUUGCAGUGAAGGCACAGAUGUGGAAUUGCCAGUAGAAGAUUCCUCCCAACACGCCACUUCUGAAACAAGUGAGGAUCCUGAAGUGGAAGUGACCAUUGAAGAUGAUGAUGAUUACUUGCCUCCCCAUAAGAAGACGAAGAGCACCGAGCCGGCCAACGACGCUGCUAACGCCGGACGCCGGAAAGCCAGAGAGUUCAACUUUGAGAAGUGGAAUGCCCGAAUAACAGACUUGAGAAAGCAAGUUGAAGAAUUAUUUGAAAGAAAAUAUGCCGACGCAAUCAACGCCAAAGGCCCCGUGUCGAUCCCGUACCCGCUCUUCCAGUCCCACGUGGAAGACCUGUACGUGGAAGGGCUGCCCGAGGGAAUUCCCUUCCGAAGGCCCUCCACUUAUGGGAUCCCUCGCCUCGAAAGGAUCCUACUGGCGAAGGAACGGAUCAGAUUCGUGAUUAAGAAGCAUGAGCUGCUAAAUUCGACCCGAGAAGAUCUGCCAUUAGACAAACCUGUUACAGGAGUGAAAGAAGAAUGGUAUGCCCGAAUCACCAAACUAAGGAAGAUGGUAGACCAGUUAUUCUGCAGAAAAUUUGCGGAGGCCCUGGGGAGCACUGAACCCAAGGCCGUCCCUUACCAGAAAUUCGAGGCGCACCCCACUGAUCUUUACGUGGAGGGUCUCCCGGAGAACAUUCCCUUCCGGAGUCCAUCCUGGUAUGGAAUUCCUCGGCUGGAGAAGAUUCUGCAAGUGGGCAACCGGAUAAAAUUUGUAAUAAAAAAGCCGGACCUGCUGACUAUCGCUCCGACAGACGUUUCUCAGCCGAGAACAAACAUGCCUGUUAAAGAAGAUUGGAAUGUUAGAAUCACAAAACUGAGGAAGCAAGUAGAGGAGAUAUUUAAUCUGAAAUUCGGACAAGCCCUGGGUCUCAACGAAGCCGUGAAGGUUCCUUAUCCCGUCUUUGAGUCGAACCCUGAGCAUCUGUACGUCGAAGGUCUGCCCGAAGGCAUUCCUUUCCGAAGCCCCACAUGGUUCGGGAUCCCACGCCUGGAGAGGAUUGUCCGUGGGAGUGGGAAAAUCAAAUUUGUUGUGAAAAAGCCCGAACUGGUCACCUCGUAUUUGCCUCCAGGAUUGGCUAGCAAAGUUAAUACUUCAGGAUCUCAGAGUCCAAGCAGCACCAAUUCUGCCCGAAGUCCUGUGAGCAAUUCCAAGGUUCCAGAGAUCGAAGUCACUGUGGAUGAAGGUCUGCCCAUUAAACCUCCAGCCCCAGAAGUCAGGCCUAAUCCUCAAACCAACGGAUCCAACGUCGGCUUCAAGCCCAGAGGACGAGAGUUUUCGUUUGAGGCCUGGAACGCCAAGAUUACCGACCUGAAGCAAAAAGUGGAAAACCUUUUUAAUGAAAAAUGUGGGGAAGCCCUUGGGCUGUCCGAGCCGGUGAAAGUUCCGUUUGCGCUCUUCGAAUCGUACCCAGAGGAUUUCUACGUCGAAGGCCUGCCCGAGGGAGUCCCUUUUCGCCGCCCGUCCACGUUUGGCAUUCCGCGGCUGGAAAAGAUCCUCAGAAACAAAGCUAAGAUAAAAUUUAUCAUUAAAAAGCCGGAGAUGUUCGAGGCGGCCAUCAAGGAGAGCGCCACGGCCAUCACCAGCCCCCAGAGAAGAAGCAAUGUCUCCAACACCGCGAUCAACACCAUCAGCGUGCCGGACCCAGUGGUGAACACAGCCGCCGGAGUGGAAGAUCUGAACAUCAUUCAAGUGACCAUACCAGAUGACGACGAGAGGACCUCCAAGGUGGAGAAGGCCCGGCAGCUGAGAGAGCAAGUCAAUGACCUGUUCAGUCAGAAGUUUGGGGAGGCCAUUGGCAUGGGCUACCCAGUGAAGGUCCCAUACCGGAAAAUCACCAUCAACCCUGGCUGCGUGGUGGUGGAUGGGAUGCCGCCGGGCGUGUCGUUCAAAGCACCCAGCUACCUUGAGAUCAGCUCCAUGAGGAAGAUCUUGGAUUCGGCAGAGUUCAUUAAAUUUACCGUCAUUAGACCAUUCCCUGGACUGGUGAUGAACAACCAAAUUCCCGAGAAGGCAGAGCCAGAAGCAGCAGCCGCCGCCGCCAUGCCAGCUCCUGAACCGGCAGCAGAAGACCCAAUUGAACCAGACCAAAUAGUACAAGUUUCUGUGGAGGAAGAUUCGGCACAGACUGAAGAAAACGCUCAGAUCAAGCAGGAGCCGGAUCCGACGUGGUAGACCUCGCCAGCGUUAGGUCGAAGCAUCCCGGAUGGCGACGAAUUUGCCUAGACAGCCCUGGGCUGUGUAAGAUAACUGUAUUAAGAGAAGUACCUUUUUAUUCCCCCCCCCCACCAAAUCGCCCACCUCUUCCCCCCAUCGUCCUAUUUUGUACCUUUUUAGAUAGCAAGGUCUGUUUUUGUUCAGAAGUCCCGAGGAUUUGACACAAACAACGAAAUAUCUUCACAGUGGCUUAUCUUGUUUUUCAAAGUCCCAAUUGGAAGAAGAGGAUGCUGGACGCCGUGACUUAAAGAUUGUUAGUUUUAUUUGCAUUUCUUUCUCUUUUUUUCUUUUUAAUCGACAGGGACUUUGCAGAGCUAUCUCUGCUUUUCCAAGUAAUCCAGCCUUUUAUUGAAGAAACAAGUUUGCCCUACUGUAGUUCAGGUUAUUAGGGUUUCCUUUUCGUUGGGGGGGAGAUGGGAGGGGGCGGGGAGUUGAAAUUGUCCACUGAGGGGGGAAAAUUGGUUUUUUGUUUUUUGUUUUUGUUCUUUCUCCUUAAUGGCUAAUUGGAUAAUAGUAUCUGUAUAUUUGAAAUAAUUUUUUUCCCUAUGAUAUAUCUCUCGACUCGUAUGUUUUUAAUAAAUAAAUAAAGGCUGGUUUUCCGGACACCUUA